GUCUGUCGGCUCCUUUCCUUUUUCAAAAUGAUAGAAUGGCCGUCGGCAGAGGAGAUUGCCUCCUGGCCGGCUCCCAACUAUGUCAACCCCGAGACUCGACGUCCCCUGGUGCUGGCAACCGCCAUUCCUUUGCUUUGCCUUGUGGCUAUAGCCAUCUCGGUUCGAUUCUACAGUCGCAUAUUCAUCGUCAGAGCGCUGGGCGCCGAUGACUGGGUCAUGUUAUUCGCGGCUAUCGCAUCAAUGUCCACCAGUGCCAUGAUGUGUGUCGCCACUGAAGAGCCAUUCCUCACUGGAUACCACCUAUGGGACCUCACGCCGGCUUUUGCUUCGAAUCCGAUGCCGACUGGACUGAUGGGAAUAGCAUCUCAACUGUUGUUUGUGGUCAUAACCAUGCUCCUGAAGAUCUCGAUACUUCUGACCUACCUUCGUGUCUUUCCUUCCGCGACGAAUAAGUGGUUCUGCUACGGCAUGCUGGCUUAUACGGUCGCGCUCUCCAUAACAACAUUCUGCCUGGCCCUUUUCCAGUGCAUGCCCAUACAAGCUUAUUGGCAGCCCUUCAUGUAUCCUGACGCGAAAUGCUUGUCGCCCAAGAUUAUCGCCUGGGCCACAGGAAUCCCUAACAUCUUCAGCGAUUUCAUGAUCUUUCUUUGGCCGGCCAAAGACCUCAUGAACCUCAAAGUCUCCCUUAGACAACGCGUCACGCUUGUCACUAUGUUUUGCUUCGGUGCCAUCAUCUGCGUCGCAGGAGUUUGUCGUCUAUGGUAUACCUCUGUCUACGUCGACAGCUUCGAUGUCCUCUACAACGGCGCAAAUCUAUACGCAAUUGUCACUAUUGAAACCAGCAUGGGCAUCAUCUGUGGCUGUAUCCCGGCUUGUAAGCCCCUACUUUCCCGUCUAUUCCCCCGUAUCUUCUCGGCGCCUACCCGAUCCAGUCCUUCUACACCGAAACGUUCCAAAAAAGGAGGAGGCAUACCAGAUGGCCCUGCCCUACCUUUGACGUCAAUCACGGGCUCCAUAAUUAAGUCUCAGAGCUACAGCAUCGAGUACGGCCGUCGUAAGACAAGCGAGUUUCCUGUACCAGGUCUGCCCGACGCAUGGGUGUAUUUGGGUGGGAAGACAGUGUCGCCGAGGACAACAGAUAUAGGGCUUGUGGAUGGCGAUGGCGACGGCGACGAGAGUGUUUUAUUGAAGGGAAAGAAGGGGGAAAGCCGGCCAAACGUGUGA